AUGUCGCGGGUGGCCCUCGACGCGGGCGCGCGCGCGUUCGCGCUCGCGCGCGCGUCGGGACGUCGAGUCGACCGCGGUGCGCCGCGGGAUCGCCGCGACGCGCGCGCGAGGGCGUCGUACGCGCCCAGGGGCGAGGACGAGGGCGGUGAGGAGGCGGGCGCGGGACCGUCCGGGGCGGGGGAUUCUCCCGCGUUCUCGCUCGCUGACGUCGAGGCGACCGAGGAUGAGAACGCGUUGACGACGAUGCUCAAUCGUGCGAUAUUUGUGGAGGAUUACGAGCUCGCGGGUAAGGCGAGCGAAAAGUUGAAGGCGCUGCAAGGGAUGACGGAUGCGCGAGAGCAACUCUUGGACUGGCGCUCGCUCGGCUUGGCGAACUGGAUCGCGAGUCGAGCGGAGGAUCUAGGGUUCAGGUAUCCGACGGCGAUACAGCGGCGAGCGGCGUUGGCGAUGAUGACGGUGAACGAUAUCGUGAUAUCGAGUCAGACGGGAAGCGGGAAGACGCUCGCGUACCUGAUGCCGAGCGUCGACGGGUUGAACUUUGUCGGACGGGGAAUGCUGCAGAUGGUGGUGAUCGUCCCGACGCGAGAGCUGGUGGUUCAGAAUUGCAUGUUGAUAUGGCGGAUCCUCGGUGGGAAUGUGAGUAAGGCUCGACCCGGGGACACGGCGAACAUGUAUCGAUACAUCGGCCCGCGUGGGGUCAAGGUGAGAGGCGUCUUCGACAUGGAGAAGCACGUGAGGAACCCCGAUCCAGAUAUUGCCGUCGCGGAGAUCGUCGUGGGAACGCCCGAGGAAUUACGGUUUCUCAAACUUCAAGGCGAUCUUGAGGUGGAUCUGGCGCAGUUUCUCAUCGCGGACGAGGCGGAUGUACUUUUUGAGAAACACCCGGAAGCAAUGGCAGAGCUCCUGAAGCCGUCCCCGUACGAGCCCGUGAUGGACGAUCGGUGCGUAUGCCUGAGUGGGGUAGCGCUGUCGAAAGAAUUAGUGAAGAGUUGCACGGAACAGAAGCUCAUGAAAGAUCCGAUUUGGAUCACAACCGGGGGAGGAUUGAGGGUUCCUCCUGGUAUUUCGCAUCGAAUGAUUGUCGUGAAGGACAGAGCGCGCAAGCUCAUCGCGCUCACUCGCCAGCUUCGCAAGGAUCUCGAGGAGGCAGGUCAAGAUUCUCCACCCCCGCGUACGUUUAUAUUCGUUCCGAACAGCGAGGCUGCGAGAGUCACCGCCGCUCCGGUCCGAAAGGCGCUCUGGGGCGAACACAAGCUUUUGAUGCUCCUCCCGGAGGGCAUCGAGGCGCUCCGAGUGGUGCAAGAUUUCAAGGAUAAUAAGGCGAGCAUCUUAGUUUGCACGGCAGAAAGCGAGCGCGGGUUGGAUAUGCCGAAUAUUCAGUACAUAUACAGCCUCGACGCCCCGUCUACUAGUAGCUAUUUACAUCGGGCCGGUCGAUGCGGUCGUCUCGGAUCUACAACUCCCGGAGUGGUGACAUCCGUGGUGAGCGAGGACGAACUCAAAGCGCUCAAGCAGGCAUACGUCGAUCUCGAAAUAAAUGAAGUCAUCGAGCUCGAAGAGCUCCCGGCGCGGGAGUUCGAAACGGAGGAAGAGACCCGGCAGGCCCUCUUGGAUGACCUCUUCUUCCUCAUGGAGACCAAUGCUGAUGUCGUCAACUCCCUGGAACAAAUCUUCGAUAAGAGCGGGGAUCAGGACGAGGAUUUGUACGGCGAGGAUGCCGACGCAGACGAGGACGAUGGAGAUUGA